AUGGAGAAGCAGCCCAGCUCCCUAGUGCCCCUGCAUUGGUUUGGCUUUGGCUACACAGCACUGGUUGCUUCUGGUGGGAUCAUUGGCUACGCGAAAGCAGGUACUACAUCUGGGAAUUUGGCUGGCAUUAUGGGAAUGAUAUUCUACAAUUCCGGGAAAUUUAUGCCUGCAGGCUUAAUUGCAGGUGCCAGUUUGCUGAUGGUUGCCAGAGUUGGAAUAAGUAUGAUUGCUUGA